AUAAACGCGUAUUGUUUUUUUAAUAUUGCAACAUGGAAAUUUCCGGCAAUAAUCGCUAUGAGCUAUUAUCUAUGGAUGAUGAAUCGGUGGCACCUGCUAUUCCACUUAAACAAAGCGCCGGGACCGGCAAAAAAAAAAAAGACCAUUAUGUACAGUCGAACACUGUUAAAAAUGAAAAGGAAAAUAAGAUAAAUACGCUAAAUAACAAUAAUACGAAAAUUACAAAUCAAAACUGCGGCUCAAAAGGAAAUAGUGUUUCGAAUGGUAUCAAAGAAUUGCGUACUAAAAAUGUUCGUAUGAACGGCUCAGAGAAGAUUAAUUCCAAUUCAUCAGAGUACAAUAAUGAGCUUCCGCAAAGGCAUAUUAGAGAUCGUGAUAGUAAGACUGCACGUUUCCGUGGUAAUGAGAAAUUUGGAAAGCGAGAAUUUGACCGUCAAUCUGGUUCGGAUAAAACGGGUGUUAAGUCUGUGGAUAAGCGCGAUGGAGCUGGGGCACACAAUUGGGGAUCUGCAAAGCAGGAUAUUGAAGAACUGAAAUCGGCCACUGCAGCUCCUGUAGCAGAUAAAGAAGACUCUGCAAAUGAACAGUCUGGCGAACCUACGAAUACUUUGGAAGAAGAUGAGUCAAAGCUAAUGACUCUUGAUGAAUGGAAGGCCCUUAAGGAUCAACGUGCUAAGCCAAAUUUCAAUCUGCGAAAAGCUGGUGAAGGCGUAGAUAACUCAGAAUGGAAAAAAAUGACUGUCUUAAAUAAAAAAAAGACAACAGAUAUUGAAGAUGAAUUGGAAUACGACCCAUCAAUGUAUCCCCAGCGUGUUGGUCGUAUACAACGUAUUGUAGACAUUCAGUUUAAUUUCAAUGAUGGGCGAAAGUCUGGAUUUCGGAAAGGACCACGAGCACCAACGCGCGGAGGUCAUCGAGAAGAAUCAGUGGCCAACACUGGAUUCGAAAAAAUUCCGUCAUAUAAAUUUGCAAAACAACAUCGCGCUGGAUCAAAAAAUUUAAAAGUGGAUGAUGAAAUUCAAUUUCCGACCCUUUCUUGAAACGCGAAUCAAGUUACUGAGGUUCAUUCAUUUCGCCUUAAAUAUAUGUACUUCACGAAACAAAUCAAUCUUGCUAACCCAAAUCAUAGAAGUUAUAUAAAUUGGGUUUGAAUUAUUUACGACAGUAAUGAUCAAUAAGCUAUUGGAAAUAGUUU